CAACCACCCUAUAUCGAGUCGAGGAACCAGACAACAUCAGUGACUGGAGAGAAUUGGUCACCAUAUACGACUCCGACUCUGACGACGAAAGGGAAGCAACCCCAGACCCUAUCACAACCAGAAAUACCUUUAUGCCAGAAAUCACCAGAAUCGUCCGACAGCGGGAUAGAGAUCCCAGUGAAUCCCGACGAAGCAAUCUCCACAGUAUACAAUCCAUUGUCAACAGACCUCAGCACCUUACUUGGAGACAAAACUUGGACGAAUGACGAGGCAUAUGGAAUAGAAGGCCACAUGGAUAUGACUAUGGGAGGGACGAUACCCAUAGCAAAUCCUAUUUUGAAUACGACUGCGAAUUGGAUCAAGACUCAUAAUGCAGUCAGGAUGUUCGAAGAGGAAGAAGAGUUUCUAGUUAAUGAAGAGUUCAGAGAAGGGAAGGAGAUAGAGUGGAAUGAGGAUAGAUGGGAGGAGUAUAGAGGAAAAGAUCUAAGUUGGAAGGAGAGGCUGAGAAAAGAGGAGGAUAUAGUGUACGGGAGUAGAGCAGAGUUAGAAGAGAGGAUGAAAAAGGACAUUCAAAU